AUCUCAAAUCUCUCUCUCAUCUUCAAUCAACAACUCAGAAAAACAAGAGAAAAUAGGAAAUCGAAUCCUCUAAACGCAGAAAAAAUAAAAGAGAAAAAAUCCCAAACGGAGAAGAGCGAUGGUUUCAACAAGGAGAAGCAGCGGAUCUUCUCUCUCCAGCAACGGCAAAAGAUCCUCUCCUCCUCCUCCUGAAGCCAAACCCUCUUCUCCCAAACGCUCCAAGGCUGAGGUUUCUGCUCUUGCGGAGAAACCUUCGACAGGGCUGGUGUCUGAUUCUGUUGAGAAUUCUUUGAAGGAGUCGUCUCUGCUGCCGUCUCCUGCAUCGGAUCAUCAGGAAUGUGUCCCUCUCGAUCCGCCUAUUUCUGCUGAUCUUGGCGAAGGGGAGAAGGGUAGGAUCGGCUCUGGGAUGGCGGCGGCAGCGGCGGCAGUUUUGGUCUCGACGCCUUCUGCAGAGGCAUCAUCUCCAGCAGUGGUGGAGAAGCCUAGGAGUCCGCGCUCUCCAUGGUGUGUGUAUUCGAAGCAGAGUGCAUGGUGUAAGCUUCUGUCGCAGUAUCCUUCACAGAACCCACAUGUUCCCAUCUGCACUUCGACUUUCACAAUUGGUGGGGGCGGGAGCAGACACACUAACUUGUCUUUAAAGGAUAACAACGUCAGUGCAAAUCUUUGCAGGAUCAGGCAGGAUCAGCGUGACGGCAAUGCCAUUGCCGUGCUCGAAAGCAUAGGGAGCAAGGGUUCUGUGCAAGUAAAUGGGAAGAUUGUCAAGAAGAACAACCCUGUCUUCCUUAUUCCUGGGGAUGAGGUCGUUUUCAGCGCAUCUGGGAACCAUGCUUAUAUAUUCCAACAACUUGCAAAUGAAAACGUGUCUACAGCUUCACUACCUUCAGUUGGCACAGUUGAAGCUCGCAACAAUCUUGUUAAAGGGCUGCAAUUGGAAACCAGGGCUGGAGAUCCAUCAGCUGUGGCUGGGGCGUCCAUAUUGGCAUCUCUAUCCAACUUGAGACCAGAUUUAUCAGUUCUGCCACCUCCAGCACAAAAUGCUGAUGAAACACAACAAGAAACUGAGAUAACUUCAUUGCCUCCUGCAUGUGAUGUAUCGGAUGAGUGUACUCCAGAUAUGGAUGUUGAUAGCCAGGAAGGAAAACACAGGCCUUAUCCAACCGUGGCAUCUGAUGCCCCAUUGAACGACAAAUCUGCUGUUGUGCUUUCUCCUGAUAUUGGAACAGCUAGUGAAAACCUUCAUCUUGACAACGUGGUCCCAGAUUCAAGUGUGGAUGCAGACCUUGUUAAGAUUUCUGGGGUGAGCCCAUUCUUGAGAAUGCUUGCUGGAUCAACUAGUCGGGAUGUGGAUUUGGGAAAAAAUAUCUUUAAACAGGUGUUGGACGAAAGAAAGGAAUUGACAAGGGAUUCACAAACAGCAACAACUUCGGGUAUGUCUGCCAAAUGCACAGCAUUUAAGGAAGAGUUGCAGGCCCUUGUUCUUGAUGGAAGAGAAAUCCAAGUCUCUUUUGAUAAUUUCCCUUACUAUCUGAGUGAGAGCACAAAAAAUGUGCUGACGACUGCUGUAUUUAUACACCUAAAGAGAAAGGAUUUUGCAAAGUAUACCUCAGAUCUUCCUACUGUAAGCCCUCGGAUUUUACUUUCUGGUCCGGCAGGUUCUGAGAUAUAUCAAGAGAUGUUGUCUAAAGCACUUGCUAAUCACUUCGGUGCUAAAUUGCUUAUAUUUGAUACUAACGCAUUUCUGGGUUGUUUAUCUUCGAAGGAAAUGGAAUUGCUAAAAGAUAUACGAGCAGAAAAAGCCUGCCUUUGUGCCAAGCAACGUCCAGGACAUGCUGAUAUGGUUAAAAGUACGAUACCAUCAACUUCAGAAGCAGAUGCACCUGGUUCAUCAAACGUACUGUCUUCCUGUGGUCUGGAGGCUCAACCAAAGCUUGAAACCAGCUCUGCACCCUCAUCUGCUGGGCAGUCUAAGCUUCUGUUUAAAGCUGGCGACCGAGUUAAAUUCGUGGGUUUAGCUCCACCCAAUAAUGUGUAUUCAGCAGUGCCACCUUCUUCAAGGGGUCCGUCUUUUGGAUUUCGGGGCAAAGUGGUCCUGCCUUUUGAAGAAAAUAAGCACUCCAAAAUUGGUGUGAGAUUUGAUAAACCCGUUCCUGAUGGUAGUGAUCUUGGAGGCCUUUGUGAAGAUAAGCAUGGAUUCUUUUGCAAUGUUAACGAUCUACGUUUGGAUACUCAUGGGGUGGAGGAUACAGACAAGCUACUCAUCAACACAUUAUUUGAGGUUGUGUCUGAUGAAAGCAAGAAUGGUCCAUUUAUAUUGUUUAUGAAAGAUGUUGAGAAGUCCAUCGUAGGCAACUCGGAGUCUUAUCCUACAUUUAAGAACAAGCUUGAAAAGAUUCCUGAGAAUGUUGUUGUUAUUGGCUCACAUACCCAGUCUGAUAGCCGCAAGGAGAAGUCACAUCCUGGAGGCCUCCUAUUCACAAAAUUUGGCAGCAAUCAGACGGCUCUACUUGAUUUUGCAUUUCCGGAUAGUUUUGGGAGAUUACAUGAAAGAGGGAAGGAAGUUCAGAAGACAACAAAGAUAUUGUGCAAGCUUUUCCCCAAUAAAGUCACGAUACACAUGCCACAGGAUGAGGUCCUUCUUGUGGAUUGGAAACAUCAGUUGGAUCGAGAUGUUGAAACCCUUAAAGCCAAAGGAAAUCUGAAUAACAUCCGCUUGGUUUUGAAUCGCAGUGGGCUUGAGUGUGAUGGGCUCGAAACAAUAUGUGUUAAGGAUCAAGCACUCACAAGUGAAAAUGCGGAGAAGAUAGUCGGGUGGGCUUUAAGUUCCCAUCUCAUGCAGAAUCCAGGAGUUGAUGCAAAAGAUAAGCUUGUUUUAUCCAGUGAUAGCAGCAUACAGUACGGAAUUGGGAUCCUGCAGGCUAUACAGAGUGAGUCUAAAAGCUUGAAGAAAUCACUCAAGGAUGUUGUAACGGAGAAUGAAUUUGAGAAAAGGCUCUUAGCUGAUGUUAUCCCACCCAAUGAUAUUGGAGUAACAUUUGAUGACAUUGGAGCUCUAGAGAAUGUUAAAGACACAUUGAAGGAGUUGGUGAUGCUUCCAUUACAGAGACCUGAGCUAUUUUGCAAGGGGCAGCUGACAAAGCCUUGCAAAGGCAUACUUUUGUUUGGCCCUCCUGGUACGGGGAAGACAAUGCUUGCAAAAGCUGUAGCCACUGAAGCCGGAGCUAAUUUCAUAAAUAUUUCAAUGUCUAGCAUCACAUCAAAGUGGUUUGGUGAGGGUGAGAAGUAUGUAAAAGCUGUUUUCUCCUUGGCCAGUAAAAUUGCGCCUAGUGUUGUAUUUGUUGAUGAGGUUGACAGCAUGUUGGGGCGGAGAGAGAAUCCAGGAGAGCAUGAAGCUAUGCGUAAGAUGAAAAAUGAAUUUAUGGUAAACUGGGAUGGCUUGCGGACGAAAGAUAAAGAACGGGUUCUGGUGCUUGCUGCAACUAAUAGGCCUUUUGACCUUGACGAGGCUGUAAUUAGAAGGCUUCCAAGGAGGUUGAUGGUAAACUUACCUGAUGCCCCAAACAGAUCAAAGAUCCUAAAAGUGAUACUGGCAAAAGAGGAUUUGUCUCCUGAUGUUGAUUUGGAUGCAAUUGCAAGUAUGACGGAUGGAUAUUCUGGAAGCGACCUGAAGAAUCUCUGUGUUACAGCUGCACACUGUCCAAUUAGAGAAAUUUUGGAGAAGGAAAAAAAGGAACGGGCCUCAGCAUUGGCAGAAGGAAGACCACCUCCAGCAUUGAGCGGCAGUGCUGACAUACGACCUCUAAGCAUUGAUGAUUUCAAAUAUGCCCAUGAACAGGUUUGUGCAAGCGUUUCAUCAGAGUCUGCGAACAUGAACGAGCUGCUACAGUGGAACGAGCUUUACGGUGAAGGGGGUUCCAGAAGGAAGAAGUCUCUCAGCUACUUCAUGUAGCCUAGCCAUUCAUCUGUACAAAUGCCUAUUCUAUUCUUCUAAUCUUCUCUCAUCCCCAUUCUGUCGUUCUCUUGCUCCCCCUUUUACCUUUCAAAAGCCCAAGUAAGCUGCUGGUCUUGCUCUCCCAGGCCACUGACAAUCGCCAAGCACAGUCAGGGCCCGAGCAUGCUGUGUAUAACAUGAAUCAUAUAUAUAUGAGUAACUUAUGUUGGUUGGUUUUGGAUCGGUUGGUCCGCGGCGGUCUGUAUAAAGGGAGUGGGCCUUCAAAAAGUGCUCCCGCUCGGCUCGCUCUCACCUUCUGUUUUGUGCCCAGUGGCUAACUGUACUUCUGCUGCCUACUACAUUGUCUCGUCUUCUCUCUCAACCGUUGUGAAAACAUCUCUAUAUAUUGACUCAAGACGAGUUGUUGUGCAAUGGGUUUCGGCCUUUCAGGUGAAAUUUCCUGUUCUUUUUUUUUUUUUUUUUUUUUUUUUUAAAGUUUUAAAUUUUAAUUUUUGUUGGGGCAUUGUAUCGUAUUACAAAUUCACUGAUUUGAAAAGUUUAGCUGGUGGUUUGUA